CUCUUCGGCUCUAUUUAAGACAGAACUCAUCACUCAAACACAAUCAAACACACUUGUUUUAGUAUUAAAAUGGCAAUUCAAUUUUUGUUAAUUGCUCUCUUCUUUUUCAAUUUCGCUUCUUGUCGCGAGCUUCAUGCGUCAAAAAUGGCGGAAAAACAUGAGCUAUGGGUGUCUGAAUAUGGAAAAACUUAUAAAGAUGAUCAGGAGAAACUUAAACGGUAUCAGAUUUUCAAGAGAAAUGUUGAGUUCAUUGAGUCGUUUAAUGCUGCGAGUAAUAAGUCAUUUGAGUUAGGGAUUAAUCAAUUUACGGAUUUAACUAAUGAAGAAUUUAGAGCUCUUUCGACUGGUUAUAAGAAGCCUAGUAGUUCAUCAAUGGCGGUAACAGCAUUUAAGUAUGAGAAUGUUACUGAUCCGCCUUCUGAUAUAGAUUGGACAGACAAACAUGCCGUUACGAGUGUUAAGGAUCAAGGACAGUGUGGAAGUUGCUGGGCUUUCUCAGCUGUGGGAGCAACAGAAGGACUUCAUAAGAUAGAAACAAAACAAUUAGAAUCCCUGUCUGUACAAGAGCUUGUAGAUUGCGACAUUAAAGACGAAGACAAAGGUUGCGAAGGAGGUUCGAUGGAGGACGCUUACAAGUUCAUUAUAAAUAAUCGCGGUAUCACUACCGAACUGAAAUACCCUUAUAAAGGAGCUGACGGGAAGUGUGACACUAGAAAGGUAACUUCUAGGAUAGUUAAAAUCACAGGGUACCAAAAAGUUCCGGCCAACAACGAGGAAGAACUAAUGAAGGCAGUGGCUAAUCAGCCAGUCUCGGUCGCAAUUGAUGCUGGUGCAAAAACAUUUCAGUUCUAUAAAAGUGGAAUUUACAGCGGGAGCUGUGGAAGUGAUGUAAAUCAUGGAGUAUUAGCAGUGGGAUAUGGAAGAACUAAAACUGAAAUAAAGUAUUGGCUUGUCAAGAAUUCAUGGGGAAGAAAAUGGGGAGAGAAAGGAUUCGUGAGAAUGGAGAAAGACGUAAAAUCGGAGAACGGUCUUUGUGGUAUAGCGACAGAUUGUUCUUAUCCAGUAGCAUAAACAUCCGCUAUCACUUUGUUAGUAGUUAGUGUUUUUUUUGGUUCUCGGAAAUAUUUUUAGAUUGACUUAAAUAAUGUAUUCCAAUCGAGAAUUAAUUUUAGAAAUAAAAAAUUAUUAUUUCUGUGCUAA